CGAAGUAGCAAAACCAGCGUGAGCGGUGGAACAUAGUCGCCGUGAUUAUUUUAAGCACUUCUUGAGAAAGCACAACUUGUGGAAUUUAGGAUUUAUUGUCAUUAACUUUUUGUUUCUCAAAGUCUUGGCAACAUAACUCAAGACACUCGUGAAGAGAACGGAGUGUUUCAGUUUGAAGAGGAUGGGAAUAACUCAAGCCUGAAGCAAGGGAGUUGACAUGUUUGAAAGGGUUGACGGGUGAUAACUACAAAGGGGAGAAAAUUUCGUGUGUGUACAGUGUCUGGACAAGGAGGCUGUCUCAUGUCCGCGGAGACAGUGUUACCUCCGGAAGGGCCUGUAGGGCCAGAGACUGACCCGCAACAGGAGACGAGUCGUCUUCUACCCAGCUCCACUCAAGGCGGUGCAUGCAACAAUGACAGUUGUGAAUCACCAGACGCCACAUCUACAACCAAAACUCGGUCUCCGGGGGAACCACAGUCCAGCGCAACGCUGGAGCAUGUGACAGGAGGAGGCCACACCCAUGAGAACCUUGUCAGAACUCAGCCUCGGCCCCUGCCUCCCCUGAGCACCUCGUCGUCCUGUGAGGGAGACCCCGCCAGGCUUCAGAAUGGCCUGCCAGUCGCCAUGGGCAACGGUCAUGGCGGGGCGCGGCCGGGCGCCACGGCUGCUGUGGAGCCCCGGAAGCAGCAUAUGUCGCCCGUCUCGCAGAAGAUGCAGCGGAAGCUCCGCUCCAGCCUGUCUGUCAACUCGGACAGCAGCCGGAAAAGCAAAGGCAGCUCCACCGGAUCACACAAGCCUGGCUCGUCACCAGAAGACUGCUGUGUGCACUGCAUCCUGGCGUGCCUGUUCUGUGAGUUCCUGACACUGUGCAACAUGGUGGUGGCGCAGGCGUCGUGCGGCACGUGCACCUCGGAGGCCUGCUGCUGCUGCUGCUGUGCCGACGACCUGGGCGACGACUGCAACUGCCCCUGCGACAUGGACUGCGGCAUCAUGGAUGCCUGCUGCGAGUCCUCCGACUGUCUGGAGAUAUGCAUGGAGUGCUGCGGCAUCUGCUUCCCCACAUAAGAAGAGCGGGUGCUUGCUUGCUCUGGGGGCAAAUGGAGAUAUGCCCCUCUUACUUCACACGCACAUAUGAACACACACACACACACACACACACACACACACACACACACACACACAUACACACAAACACCAACUGACUCAACCAUUGACUACAACAGGAGGAAGAGACACAUGGGAGAAAUCUGAGACAGAGUGUGUGAACACAUAGGUGUGCUUAUAUGACUUUAUUCAUGGAUGUGUGUGUGUGUGUGUGUGUGUGUGUGAGAGAGAGAGAAGGGGUUGGAAUUGGUCACAAUUUUUCAUUUACAAAACCAUCUUUUCAGGCCAUUGAAAAACAUCUCCCAAUUCUCUCUUCCAUCAGUCAAGCCAUCCAAAGAAAGACUAAACUGAUACAUGAUAUCAUAGUAUACUCAAAGUAUAGGAAUAACACAUAAAAGUUACAUUUAAUGCUGUACAUGUACAUCAAAAAUAUGCUAUGUUAUGCUUAAUACCUUAUAUUGCUUUACAUUCAGUUCUUUUGCUGUCGUUUCAACUGAAUCAUUUCAAGAAGUUUUACCGAUUCUACCUGCAUUGCCAAAGGACUCCCAUGGAACCUUUGUUUUGUUAUGAAAUCUGUUAUAUUCAGUAGUUCGCUUACUUACAAUAGAGGACCUAAGUUAAAACUGUCUUUUCCUGAAUGACAUGGUCACGGACUGUUGACUGGUCACCUUAAGGAAUUUGUGGCCAUGAAGGCCUGCUCCUUAGCAUUGAUGGCUUUGAAGUCAUCACCUUGAUGACCUCAUCGUUGGGCUGUUUCUAAAGCAGAAAUCAGUCUUGUCUAAUGAGAUUUUGUCAAACUACUUUUAAGUCUACUGUAAGCUUUCAAUAUUUUGGUCAUAGCCAGCAUCAAACUGGUGCCCAAUUGUGGACUUCACAAGCAAUCUUUUAUGCCAGAUAAUUCAGCAUCACCAACACUAUACUGUAUGUUAUGAGCCCAAUUCUUCUGCAGUUAUUCUCUGUACUGAUUUCAAAUUCUGGCCGAAUGACUCAAUGAGAUAAUAACCCUAUUGAUGUCUUUUGCGUGGACAUAUGGUCCCUUUUUAAUAAUUUCUUAGCAGUUUACUUAACAAUAUUUUAUUUUCCUUCAGUUGUCUUGCCUAUAUAUGUUUUUUGUUUAACCCACAGUCAUCAAAAGGUUUUAUAGGGGUUAAACACAAUUCUUAUGUGUUAAUAGUUUGUAAUGCACUUUAACCUGCAGUAUUAAAAUGUUUGUAAUGCUAUCCAAAAAAGGUGGAUGCAAACUCAAAAAGAAUUAAUGUGUUCUCAUACCUGACGAAGAGGUGACCUAUAGUCAGAUGCUAGUACAUAUUUGAUUAGAAUAUUCUAGCAUAUCGAGGUGAAUCAGUGUAGUUUAAAUAUAACCCAGUCAUUAGAUACUAGAUUUAAACCAGAGAAAGAUCAGUAUUUUUGUAUUUUUCUAAUUCCAUCUACUAUCUCCUUUAGAAAGAAACUAUUCAAGGAAAUCACCUUCGACAAAGAGUUCUAGGUUUUUUCUUCACUCUCUUUGGUGUAAUUUAUUGCAUUUUUGUUAACUGUCAAGGUUUACAUGCUCACUAGUCAACAAGAACGAAAAACAAAGCAUUCAGGUGAUUCUAGUUGCGUAACUGACAUCCAUAUGCCACUACAUAGAGUAGAUAUGGCACCCCUGCCUCUCUCACUAAUGAAAUGCUUUUGGCAGACAUGUGCACAGGAAGAAGUGGUUAGGCAAUUAAUGAAUGGUGAUGGAGGCAGAUGAGCUCGCAAUUCUGUGCAUUUUUAUGGCAAUUUCAUUUUCAUAUGCAAGAUAUGUGAAAUCCUCUGCAAUUUCAUGGAAACGGAUUCCAUAGAACCUUGUUACUGAAGAAUGGGAAUGACUGACUGGUCUUGAAUCAUUACCGCAAUGCCAAUCAUUUUAGUGAAACUUUUUUUUUUAAAGUCAGAAAUCAUCCUUGCUGUGGACAAUGUCACUUCCUAAAAAAGUCUCAGUGGAUCCAUUAUAAUAUGGUCAUCCAUUCCCUGUAGUAAAUGUUUAAAUAAUGGCAGACACUAACUCUUCCUCUGUAAGCUUAGCUGAGUCUGUAUUCCUAUUCUGUCUUUUAAGUGUCGGAAAGUUUUUUGUUUACGUUAAGUGCAUUUACUGGAUCAUCCCAAAGAGAUGCCUGGGGAAAUAUUGGAAUUAGAUCUAUUUCUUUUACCAGACACAUUGUUAUAUUGUUGAAAUGUUCAAAUACAGCACCUGAUGGAACUGACCUGACCUGAUGGAGGGAAAAAAACAAUAAGAGGGUGACUCUGGAAACCUAUUCAAUACAGGGUGAAUAUAACAGAUUUUUUAUAGUGAAUAGCAUACUGUCAAUAUAGUCAUUUGUUGACAUUGUGAAAAUAUUUGUUUGAUUACGUUAUAUUUUUGGACUGAGUUUUAGAGCUUUUUUUUCUCUAGAUCUUUUUGGGUGUACUCUAAGGUGAUGCAGACGUUUCUAGCAAGUCAUCACAUCUGUUUCAUCAGCCAUGUAAUGUGCCAUGCACUUGGGAGAAAACAUUAGUAUUUUUAGUGGUGCUCUGUCUUCCUCUGUCAUAUCUGCUCUCUGUUGUGCAGUGAGUCAGAACCUAAUACACCUGACCUUAUUCAGGUAAGCAAGAUUGGAUUCAGGACACACACAAAAAAAUCAUGCACUUCUAAAGACAUUUUUGAGUUCCCCUGUUGGAGAGAUCUUUUAGUUGCAAUUGAAAACUCGCUGAAGGGUUAUUUCAAGAAACUUUCUGACUUAAGUGGCAUUUGGUGUUUAUCCUUUUUUGAAAUGUAUUACACCCUUCAGACUCAAGAUUCCAGAGUAUUUUUUGCAAACAAUCUAAGUCUGAGUGCAGUCAAACAGUGUACUGUAGUUGCAGAAUUUUGGACUGAGAAAGUUCAUGUUUUUGUGAGUUUAGAGUUUGUUUUUUUAUCACUGAGAGGAGAUAUUUAAGAGGAAGGCUAAUCACCUCUGGUUUGAUUGAUUAAUUCAUUACAACUCAAAAGAGUCCUACUGGAAACCAUAGGAGGUGCCGCUGGCAGAGAAAUACUCAACAGGAAUAAUGUGAAGAAUUGUUUUUUUUUUUUUUUUUUUUUUUCCAGAGCAUGGUUAUUUAGUAGUACAUGUAUUUAUCUACUUUUAUCUCUCUCCCCAAAAGUAAGGUAUAGUUUAUUCUCUGCACAAUUCAUUUCCUCAGCAUACUGUAUAUUAACCCUGUUGUCCAUGAAGUAGAUCACUAAGGUCUUAAUAAAUCUUGAGAAUACAUGUAA